UUCCACACAGGAAGGUCACACCAUCCCUCACCAUCAUCAGAAUGAAGAAAUGACUGAAACAAAAGUUGAGAGUAACGAGGAAGAAGAGGAGACGUAUGUGAGGGAUGAUCAGCAGACUGUGGAGGGGAGGGUGAGGAUGGUGAUUAUUAAAGAAGAGGACGUUCUUACAGAGAUCGGCAUAGAAGAUGGGCACGGGAAAACCUCAGAGGAAUGCGUCUUCUUAUCGCCUGACUGCAAAAUGGAGGAUGAGGACAUCACACAAGAUCACCUUGGAGAGAACCUCACCUUCAAUCCCCAUGCAGGACUUCACAACGUCAGUGGAUCAGCAGAUCUCUCUGAUCCUGAGGAACCUCAAAAUACGAGGAAUCGUGCCGUUGUUCAAGAGAUGGAAAUAUUUUCCAUUCCCGAAUGCGAGGAACCGGUUCGCUUGACGUCAAGUCUUAAUGCCUAUGAAGGUUCUCAGGGCAGCGAGAAGCCCCAUUCAUGUUCUGAGUGCGGGAGGAGUUUCUCUUUGAAAAAACAGCUGGUGAAACACCAGAGAGCUCACUACGGGCUCAAACCCUUUCCUUGCGACGAGUGCGGGAAGACCUUUUCCUCCAGAGGGGAGCUCGUCAGACACCAGAAAAUCCACCUGGGAAUAAAGUCCUACACGUGCCCCCAGUGCGGGAAGAGUUUCAUACAGAAAUCAGAUCUUAUCAGACAUCAAACAUCUCACGAGGUGGAGAGACCGUACUUGUGCUCUGAGUGCGGGAAAGGUUUCAAGCACAGAGCCGCUCUCGCCAAGCACCAAAAACACCACACCGGGGACAAGCCGCAUUCCUGCCCCGAGUGCGGGAGAGGGUUCGUGCAAAAAUCGGACCUGUCUAUACAUCUGAGAACUCACACAGGUGAGAAGCCGUAUUCCUGUUCUGAGUGCGGGAAGCGUUUCGUACAAAGAUAUCACGUUGUCGUACAUCAAAGAUCUCACACAGGUGAGAGGCCCUAUUCCUGCUCUGAGUGCGGGAAAGCAUUUAAAAGGCGGUGCUACCUUAAUGUGCAUCAAAGGAAUCACAAGUAACAGUGGGCCGAAUUGCUCUGGGGGGGGUUCUGCUUGUGGAUGCCAAACCCGAACUCCAUCGAAAAUUAAGAGGAGCCGAAUCUUUUGAAUUCUAAAAAAAUAAUUCUUGGCGAAUAGGCAUGGAGUUGUGAAAACAAUAACAUACUGUGGGCAGGGGAGGGGUGAGCAAGCGCCCCUUCCCUCCUGCACAAUACAAGGCCACAUGCCUUCAACAUGAGCGGGUUCCUUAACAGGGUGACCCCGUCUCGGGCUUAGCACCUCAUCUACAUGUUGAUGAGUACAAGGGCCUCCUCCUGACAACCCUGGCUCAGUGUUUGUGGGGGGUCUGCACACAGGCAGGAGACCGUAUUCCUGUUCUGAGUGUGGGAAAUGUUUUGUAUCUAAAUAAAACCUUGAGGUCUCAAAUGAGUGAGAAGACAUUCUCCUUUUCUCUUUUCAAGAGUCCAGAUUCUUGUUUUUAGUGUGGGAAUUGUUUUGUAUCUAAAUAAAACCAAGUCUAAUAUC